AUGUCCACCUCACCAAAAGCCAACAUCCUCCUAAUCGGCAGCGGCGGCGUCGGCACAAUCACCGCUCUAAACCUCGAAGCAGGAAACCAGGCCCAAGUAACCGCCGUCCUACGUUCAAACUACCAAGCUGUGUACUCCAAUGGCUUCACCAUCUACCCCUCCAACAGCCUCCUAAUAAAACCACCCCUAACACCAGACAACAUAAUCCUUUCAGGUAUCAGCAUGAUCGACUCCCACGAGAUCGCACCAGGCGUAACCGAGCACAGCUCCGCAGACGAUCUUGUGAUUGGCGCGUUCCCGAACCCCAAUUUAGAUGUCGCUAUUGAACAGGCCGCCGCGGCGCGAUUUGUGGCGCUGUAUUCUGCAUCUGGAAAGACGAGGUGUGUUCUGACACCUGAUGUUGCGUACAGCCGGUGGAGGAAGCUAAUUUUCAACGCGUGCUUGAAUUCGAUAUGUGCGCUUACGGGGCUGGACACGGGGCGGAUAAGGCUUGAGGGGGAUAUGGCGGAGACGCUUGUUAGGCCUGCUAUGGAUGAAAUUCGGGCUGCGGCCGCGGCUGUGGGGGUAGAUUUGUCGGGGUAUGUUUGUGAGCGGGUUAUUGGGGCGUAUCCGGUGACUAUGUAUUUGCCGCCGAGUAUGUUGGAGGAUGGGAACCUUAUUGAAGUGGAGAGUAUUGUUGGCGAGCCGCCUCGGGUUGGUCGGGCGAAGAGGGUUUGGAUACCUACUUUGUUUGUUUUAUAUAGUUUGUUGAAGGGGGUCCAAUGGAUGACGAAGGAAGAGAGGGGAUUGAUUGAGGUGCUGGCUAAACGUUCGUAA